GGCAAAGCGAGGUGUGGACGGCGCAGUUAGACCGGUCCACGCGGCUUCGGCCAUGUGGAGCCGAAGAUGCCGUGUGCUAGCAGCCUCUGGGAGUCUCCUCGGGACGUGCCUGCUCACGGAGACUCCGCUGAUCCCAAAGCUCCCCGUCAAACCUCUCUUGCUGGAGACAAAGGCGCCCCAUGUUGAACAGGCGCGGACGCAGGACAUCGCAGCAACGCAGUGGCUCAAGCUGCAAACCUUAACUUACCGUGAUCAGACAGGCCACGAGAGAAAGUGGGAUCUGGUGACCCGCACCACCCGCACUGACCGCGCCGGUGUGGAUGCGGUCAUCAUCUUGCCGCUGCUCCGGUCAUCGAAGAAGAGCGAGGUGGAUGUGCUCUUGGUGCAGCAAUUCCGCCCGCCGGUGGCCGGGUACACCGUGGAGCUCCCUGCGGGCUUGAUCGACGCCGGGGAGAGCUCGGAUCAGGCGGCUGUCCGUGAGUUGAAGGAGGAGACUGGGUACACUGGGCGCGUGCUGCGCACCUCUGGCCCCCUGACGAUGUCGCCGGGGCUGAGCGACGAGACAGUCAAGCUGGUUGUUGUGGAGGUGGACUUGGACAUACCCGAGAACCGGCAGCCCAAGCCACAGCCCGAGGAGGGCGAAUUCAUUCAGGUGAUGCGAGUCCCCCUGAAGUCGCUUUCGCAAGAGCUGACCAAGCUGCAGAAGCGGGGCGUUAUGCCGAUCUCAGGCUUGUUCACCUUGGCAGAGGGCCUGGACUUGGCCUUAAGCCUGAAGGUUUGAGCCAAGCUUGGAGCUCGGGAAGCCUGAUGCGAAGCUGGGAGACGCGAAGCUGAGUCGCACGUGCCUGAGUGGCCGGCAAGGUGGAGACUUGAGCCAAUUGAGCGGGCAUGGAUUCAUACUUCACACAUGUACUUCGUGGGUUUUGCUUUGGUUGACUGGUUCUCAAUUCAGAAGGGGUACUGAAGUCCAGUAUGUGCGCCACCUCACCAAGGUGUUCGUGUCUCUCUUCUCUCUUUCUCACAGAGAGAGAGACCGCACUAAUCUGCCGUUCCAGCAUGCUCAAGCACAGAGUUGCGGCAUGCACAGCAAAUACCACCCGACCUUUUUGACACACACACAGACACACACACACACAUCCUGACGUUCUGAAGCCGC